AUGUCAGAUACUCAGUUAGGAGAGACUGCUCCACUUGAUUUAUUCGAUGAUCAAAAAGAUGCUAUUAUCUUCGAUCAAGAUGGUGAUAUAUCAAAUGCUGAACAACAACUGAAACCAUUCAGUUUGAUCGUAAAAAUAAUUCAAAGUUUGAAAAUGUUGACAACAUUAUUGAAAACUAAAUGCGAAAAAGCGAUCAUUUUCAUACUAAUCCUUCCUAAUGGGACUCGAAGUGAUGUAAUAGAAUUUCUAACUAAUGUAGAAUUUCGACAACAAUCAAUACAUUUAUUUUAUUUGUUUUUCAUUAAUGGAGAGCAGUAUGAAGUCGAACUAUGGAAGCAUUUUCCUCAUCUAUCUAUCGAAUGUUAUUCUAUAACAGAACGACGUUAUAAUGAAAUUCGAAUGGUUUUAUCAAGUACAUGUGAUCUUAAUAUUAAAUUUUUCUAUCGACGAGCAGUAAAAGAAGAAGCUCAAGAUAAUAAAGGUUUAGCAUUCAUUUACGAGCAACAACGUCGAAAUCUUUUAAUACUUCAAAGAACUUUUAAUAAUUAUCUUAUCAAUGAAAUUGAUGAAAAUUAA